AUGCUACCGGAUUUGGAGAAUUGUGACUGUGAUCAGGAACGAGAAGCUGAACGACAAAAUUCGACCAGGAGUUGUCCAGGGAGUUUCCCAGCCUCAGUGGCGCGUCGCGCCCAGUUUCCGAGGAGGUCGUUGAAAGAACUACGGAUUGACGUUGGGAAGAACCUGGAGCCACUGGUGCAUAGAGCGAAACAAGGCCUCGAACGGAUCACCGAAGAUCCGUCGUCGCCGGCUUCGGCUGAUGAAAAGCCAGUUGCACCGCCCAGAACUCUUCGCGCUCUAGGGUCAGAUCCGCCUGCGAGUGAGCGAAGUGUAGCGGAACGAAUCGAGCAAACCUUGCACGCUCACUACUACGCAAUUGCCUACACGCUUGUCAUCGUUGCUUACCUGGUCGGAUUCGGAGAGUACCUUUACUUCCGACUUGUCUCGAUUCUGAUACCAGAGCGUACUUACUAUCAUCCAAGUUGCCAAGAGAAACAGGAUCGGCGAGUUGGCAAGGAUGGCUUCCACUAUGGCGUCUCGAUCGGUGCAUUCAUCGCCAUCGCACUAUUCCAGUUAUUUGUGAGUUAUCUUCUGCUAUUCGGGAGCUUUGCGUCAUAA